UCCUGUUUAGGGCUCUUGGGAGCUACAGGGAUGGAGAUUUGCCGGGCUGUGGACGCGAGCUGCGAUCGGAGGCUCCAGGCCAAGUACAAGCACGCGAUGUUUGUGAUCGAUCGAACGCUGGCGCUCUACAGGCCGGAUGAGGUCGCAUUUAGCUUCAAUGGGGGAAAAGACUCUACGGUUCUUCUUCAUCUUUUAAGAGCUGGCUAUGCAGCUUUGAAGUCUAAAUUGUCACUGCCGGCAGAUGCUGAAGAUCGGAUUCGAACGAUUUAUUUCGAAGGUCCCGAUGCUUUCCCAGAGAUUGAUUCCUUCACAUACGAGACAGCACAAGAAUAUAACUUAGAGCUUGAAGUUUUAAGGCAAGACUUCAAGUCAGGUUUGGAAGCUCUAUUAAAAAACAAGCCUAUUAAGGCUAUAUUCUUAGGCACGAGAAUUGGCGAUCCGAAUGCAGUGGGGCAAGAGCAGUUCUCACCAAGUUCUACUGGCUGGCCGCCGUUCAUGCGCGUGAAUCCAAUCCUAGAUUGGUCUUACAGAGACGUAUGGGCAUUUUUACUGGCUUGCAAAGUUCCUUACUGUAAAUUAUAUGAUCAAGGGUACACAUCUAUUGGAAGCGUACAUGAUACCGUUCCGAAUGAAGCAUUGUAUAUCGAUUCUUCGGUGGAAGAAGAUUGCCCUGAGUUAGGAUUGUCGAGAAAGAAGGCUUACAAGCCAGCUUAUUUAUUGCGCGAUGGAAGGCUUGAAAGGGCGGGACGGUUGAGAAAGCAACCGAGAAAGGACUAUCAGGGCCCGGGUGUUGCAAAUGGUGUUGAAAAUACGGAUACUCAGGCCAACGUUGAUACUUUAUAUGCUGCAUCUGUCUUGUCAGUCGGUGAUGAGCUCUUGAGAGGAGAUAUGGACGACCAGAUGGGUACAUUCUUAAGCAAAGAGCUUUUCUCUCUAGGCUGGACUGUUACGCGUCGUGCAGUCGUUCCAAAUGAUGUUGACGCAGUUGCCGAGGAAAUCGAACAGAGAUCAAGUGCGAGCGAUAUUGUCUUAGUUUGUGGAGGUGUUGGACCUUUGCAUUGUGAUGUAACCCUGGCCGGCGUGGCAAAAGCUUUUGGAGUUCGAUUGGCUCCUGAUGAAGAGUUUGAAGAGUAUCUUCGUCAACUUGUUGGAGACAACUGUGCAGGGGAUCAGAAUGCGAUGGCGAGAUUGCCAGAAGGAAUCACUGAGCUUUUGCAUCACAAACGGCUCUCUAUCCCAGUGAUAAAAUGUCGAAACGUGUUUGUACUGUCGGGUCCAACGAUUAGGGACUUCAAGCUACAAUACCAGUGCCUUUUGGAGCUGAGCAAAAGCCGCGACUUUCUCGCUACCCAGCACCCCUUUUGCUUGAUACGGCUCGAAACACAAUUGUCUAAAGUAGAAAUAGCGAAGCCUUUCUCCCAAUUGGCUGCAGAGUACCCGGAUUUGACACUUGGUUGCUACCACCAGCAAGAUGACAAAGGCGCUCCUGUCAUUAACAUCAUGGGAAAGAAUCCUGUACGCGUCAAAGCGGCAGCCUGUGCAUUGCGUGCUCUAGCGCCAAAGCAAGCAUUCCCAGCGUGAGGAAAAGCACCAGUGACGACGCAUGGAAUAAGCUUGUACGGGCAGUAGAAAAACAAAGGUAGCUCCCAGUUUUUCUUUGUCUGCUUACACUAGUGAGCUCUUGUUUAUUAGAGACGCGGCCACAAAGCUCUAGCAAAGUGUGCAUUACAAUCGAAAAAAAGAAUUAAGGCUGGGGAAGAGUGCCUGCUACAUUAGCAAGUCAUGAAGAAUGUCACGGAGCUAGUCUCAUUAAUUCCAAGGUAUAAUCUUUGCAGCGGAGUUCUCGUCGGGCAUUGUCUAUUUGAUAUUUGUUAAUGAAGUUUUACCAUGCUCUAUGGUUGGCUCAA